CGGGCACGGCCGAGCGAGUCAAUCCUCUAGGAUAAGCGUUGUGUGCUCAGUAAACUCUCGUCAAUCAACCCUUUGGUCGAGCUCCACGGGUCGGCCAGGCAGACGUGUUCCGAGUUUAGCAUGGCUCACUUAUUCGUCGCACAGCUGCGGAAUCACGAUGGACCAUGGGUGCUUUCCAUGCUUGUCGUGGCCCAUUGCUACAACAGCUCGCCUCGCCGUACCGUGAGGGGGGCAUUUGCUGAUAUAGACACGUUAACACUGGGAAAAGGCCGCCCUUGAAUUCGAUAUACCACGAUGCGGAAGCGAGCUUUCAAAACUCCGUGCUGUUGUGUUGUGGCUGCCCGAUCCUGGCUGUCUGGAUAUACCGGGCAACGUAGCCCGUUUCCCCGCGUGUCCCAGCGCAACACAGCAAGAUUGACGGAGGGCAGUAUGGGAUGGCAUGGCCGUUCUAAAGGCAUGGAUGGACACCUAUCCCAUACGCGCCUGCGUGGUGUACAUUACCUUUCGCUGCACGCACGCACCAUUGAGCUUCUCCGAGCACUCAUCUCGGAGAGAGCCAACCCUUGCUGUGGAGAUGAUCGCAAUAGAGGAAACCGUACGAUCCCACUCCAGAGUCAAUCACGUCUCAAACGCCGGCUUCAGUCUGCAAUUGCAGGACGAGGCGGCCCAAAAACGACGCUGACAGAUUGCAAGGUGCACUUCCUCCCUCUUGGGCCAUGCGGAAACUGGCUGCAACCAGCCGACUGCUCGUCCCCAGUCCACGAUUAUGUGGCGUCCGCCCUCGAGCUAUGCAGCCACCUCGUAAGGAUGGGACACUGAGAAGACCCAGUCCCCAGCAUAUGUUUUGACGCCCCCAAAUCCUCGUUCCUCCAUUGUGGUUCCGUCGAACGGAUUGUUAUUUGCACCGGGCGCCGGCCUGGACCGUAGACGGCCGGGGAAA